AUGGCAGUCUCAAGGGUGUCACUCCUCUCUCUCAUGGCGUCGGCCAUGUUCGUCCUGGCCGCUUUUGAUGGGGCGAAGGCGCAGGAAGCACACGGUGUGUUUGCGACGUACAACCUGUACAACCCACAGAGCAUAAACUGGGACAUGCGGAAGGCGAGCACGCUCUGCGCUACAUGGGAUGCCGACAUGCCGCUGGCGUGGCGGCAGCGUUAUGGCUGGACGGCAUUCUGUGGCCCUGCCGGUGAACAUGGCCAGCCCUCAUGUGGCCGCUGCCUCGAGGUGCGAAUGCAUGCACUCUUCUCUCCCUCUUGUGGGUCUGUCUGUCUCUUCUCUCGCACUCGCAACAUAAUCGACAGUGGUUUCUUGAGCAGGUGA